AAACACAUCGAUAAGAUUGGAUUUCACACUUUGGAGGAGCAUACAAUACAUAGAUGAUCAGUUGCUUUUGUUUUCAAAGUUCUUCAUGUAGAAUUCAAGAACAGAUCUCAUGUUUAAGUGAUCAUGUUCUGGGUUCCCCCUUGACGCCAUUGUACGUCAAAAGAUCACUUGGCGAAAUUUUCAAGUGGGUUUUCCUUUCCGCUCAUCAUCAUUCAGUUUACUUAUCACCAUCCGGUCGUAAAAGAACACUGACACCGUGGACAUCAAAGUUUUUAUCCCAUUUCGACACCGGCAUGAGGUUUAUGUAUCAGUAGUUGAUCUAGUUGUGAUGAUAGACAUGAAGGUUUUUGUAGUAUUGAGCAGACCAGACCAACUUAUGUAAUCAGUCUUCUCCUUCCUUGAAUGUGAUGAUUUCUUUUGAAUUUGAUUUAAUAGUUUUGACAAACUCAUCGAUCAAUCAAUCAAUCGAUUCAUCAAUUAGCUCGGAGAUAAACACUAUGAAGUUCGAAUGAGUGGUUUGGUUUUGAUCGUUCCAAGCUAAUUAUUUGUGAAGAUGGUGAGAUGUAUGGUAUGGUAUGUACUCCUUUCUUUAAAAUCAAUCAAUCUACUUGAUUUCUCUAUUAUAGAUGAUUUAUUUAUUUAAUUCUAAUUCUGAAUUCUGAAUGGAGAUGUAACGAGAUGAUGAUGAUGCUUGAUGAUGAUGAUGUAAAGUCAAUUACCUUUUUGGAUGAACUUCUUGUCUUUUUUUUUUGGCUAUAAAAUGCGAUCUGUCAUGUCUCUCUCUCUCUCUCUCUUUCUUCAACCAGAUUCUAUUCUAAUUAGAUUUUGUAUCUUUAAAGAAAGUUGUUUUAGUUUUUAUUUUAUUUUUCUUUUUGAUUUGAUUUGUUAUUUUACGAUUUUCUAGAGUUCUAGAGCAUAUUCGAUUUUUAAUUUGGAUGAUCUCGUCUAAAAGAAUCACAAAUCACAAAUCACAAAUCAAAAGAAAAUCUUGAAAAUACUAAUUAAUCAUUUCCAUCAUUCCAAUCUGAUUCACCCCUUUAACUUGAUUAAAUCCAUUUCCAUUUCCAUCAAAUCAAAUCAAAUCAAAUCAAAUCAAAGAUACAAAAAUCAAUCAUAACAACCAAUCUCAAUCAAAGAUCCUUGUUUACCAAUCCUUGUUUACCUUCAAGACCCCAAAUCAAAACAUCAAGAGUUGAUUCAAAUCAAAUCAAAUACAUACCAUAUGGAUAUCAUCUUAAACAAAGCAGAUGAGAUCUUUCUCGAUUAUCUUUGGUCAAAAGCAUUUCCCAUCAAUUCAUCAAACCAUCAAUCAUUUCAAAACAUAAACCAAACGAAUCUAACAAGAAAUCAUUUAUCAACUUUCAAUCGUCAAAAUCUCUUUCGUCAAUCAAUUUCGAUUUCUUCUUUAGCACUCAUCUCAGUUCCAAUCCUUUAUUUGAGUUUAGGUUUAAUUUCAUUUUAUUUUUUAUUUGAUCAUAGAUUAAUGAAUCAUCCUAGGUUUUUAAAAAAUCAAAUUCAACUUGAGAUUUAUGCUUCUUUACGUGCUAUUGGUCCUAUGAUCAUUCUUACUUUACCUAUCUUUUUGGCUGAAGUUAGAGGUUAUAGUUUACUUUAUGAUAAUGUGAACGAUUUUCGUGGUUUACCUAUUUCAGCUUUAAUUAAUUGGAUUUAUCAAAUGGGUUUAAACUUAUUUAAUUUCAUAAAUCAUCAACAUCAUCAAAUCAAUCAUACUCCAAAUUGGUUAAAUUCUUUGAUUCAAGCUGAUUUCCAUUUAGGUGGUGGUUGGACUUAUUUAAUCUUUAGUCAAUUAUUCUUUUUAUGGUUUACAGAUCUAGCUAUUUAUUUAGUUCAUCGUUGGAUUCAUACACCUUCAAUUUAUAAAUAUAUACAUAAAGCUCAUCAUAAAUGGAUCAUUCCAACCCCUUUUGCUUCUUAUGCAUUUAAUCCAUUAGAUGGAUUUCUUCAAUCAUUACCUUAUCAUUUGUUUAUCUUUAUCUUUCCAUUACAUAAAUCUGUUUAUCUUUCACUUUUUGUUUUUGUAAACUUAUGGAGUAUCUUGAUUCAUGAUUCAGAUUUAAUUGUUGGUCAUCCACUUGAACAUAUCAUCAAUGGACCAUCUCAUCAUACUUUACAUCAUUUACACUUCACAUGUAACUAUGGUCAAUACUUUACUUGGGCAGAUCGAUUAGGUAAAACUUAUCGACAUCCAAUUCAAGCUGAUCAAUUAGAAUUAAUCGCUUCUUCUGAAAAGAAAUCGAUUGAACGAAAAUUAAUUAAAACAAGUUCAAAGUCUACUUUUACUUCGAAUUCCGAUUUGGGUUUGGUUAAGAAAGAGAUUAGAGAUCGACCAGAUAGAUUCGAAGAACAGAUCUUGAGUUGUAGUAGUGAUAGUACUAGUGGUACUGAUGAGGGGUUAAUGGAUCAUGAAGAUCUGGUUUCUAUUCCUUCUUCUGAUUCUUUAAAUUUACUUUCUUCACCUUCUUCAGAUCAAACUCAUCAAUCGUGUCAAGAUCAUGAAGUAGAAAAGAAUUUAGAAGGAAGGAAUGGGUUGAUUGAUUGAUUGAUUGAUUGAUUGUAAUUUGAAGGAGUAGAUUGGUUUAGGGUUUAACUUUGAGGUUUGGUUUGAAGUUUGGGUUGGGUUUUUUGUUUUGUUGUUCUGGUUUGGUUUGGUUUUGGUUUUUUUGUUCAACUUGUUGUUGUGUUUUUUCUGUUUUUGUUUUUUCUGUUCAACUUGUCUUGUGACUUUGUGUUGGGUUAAGAUUUUGUGAUUUUGAUUUUUUAUUUGGUAUCAGAAUUUAAUGAUCUUGAUCUUGAUCUUGAUAUAUAUAUAAAGUAUAUCUGUUUGUUUUAUUCAUAAUAGAUUUGUUUUGCUUAAUUUUAUAAUUGCUAAUGUUUCAAAAUUUGAUUUUAGUUUUUUUUUAAAUU